UGACAAGUUUGACAACUUCCGGUAAAUCGCCCGUCAUCACCCUUUUCGCGUCUCGUUCAUCAUGCCCUUCCAAAGGUUUGUGGAAACAGGCCGUGUGGCCGUCGUCUCAGAUGGCCCCAACAAGGGAAAACUUGUUAGCAUCGUGGACGUUAUUGACCAAACCAGAGUUUUAGUCGAUGGGCCUGAAACCAAUGUACCAAGAGGUCAAAUCAGGAUAAACCAGUUACAUUUGACCAAAUUCAGAGUCAAGUACCCUUUCACUGCCUCUACCAGAGUUGUUCGUAAGGCAUGGAAAGAUGGCCAGGUUCUUGAAAACUGGGAAAACUCAGUUUGGGCUAAGAAAAUUGCUGCCAAAGAAAAGAGGAGUCAACUUACAGACUUUGACAGGUUCAAGCUUAGGAGAGCAAAGACCCGCAGAAAUAAGAUCAGAACUCAAACAUUCCUUGCCCUCAGAAAAACUGCUUCAAGAAAUGGAACACUCUAUGGCAAAAAAAAGAUGGCAAAGGGAGGAGACAAACCAAGGCCAUCCAAAAAGGUCAAGGUUGAGAAGGACAAACCUGCUAAGAAAUAAAAUUUGUGUUAAGAAUGAAUAAACACUUAUUUAAAA